AUGUCGCAUACAGGGUUUGGAGUUGUCCCGGCAUUUGCCAUCAAGAGGCCUGAAGUGUUCAACUUCCAAAUCUCCAAUUUGCAAAUCGAAACCCUUACAACGCUUCUUCGACUUUGUCCCAUAGCCCCGGAAACAUGGUACAACAGGCAAGAAGAUCUUGAAUUUGGCCUCAGUCGCCGAUGGAUGAUCGAGGCUAGAGAUGAAUGGCUCGAAUUCAACUUCCAUCAAUUCGAAAACGACGUCAAUCUUUUUCCCAACUUCAGAAUACCCAUCGAAGACCCUGACCAUGGUACAGUGUCCAUACACUUCGUAGGUCUCUUUUCAAAAAAGCAUGAUGCGGUUCCGAUUAUCUUCAUGCACGGUUGGCCUGGGUCGUUCCUUGAAUUCAGACCAAUGCUGCGACUACUCACGCAAAGAUUCACUCCUGAAACUCUUCCUUAUCACAUUAUCGUGCCCUCGAUACCAGGUUACGGACUUUCGUCAAGUGGCAACCUGGAAAAUGAACUCACUCUGGAUCAAGCGCCGCGACUGAUGCACCAACUUAUGAUGGAGCUUGGUUUUGGUACUGGGUACGUCGCACAGGGAGGCGACGUUGGUAGCAAUCUGGCUGGACAGAUGUCCGCAAGAUUCGAGGAAUGCAAGGCGUAUCAUCUCAACUUCUUAGGCCCCGAACCUGGGGACGAUUUGUCGACUGUCCAGAGUCCAACCUCGGAAGAACAGGAGCAGAUGGAACGAGGGAAGAACUUCGCUUUCAGUGGUUCUGCAUACGUUUUCGAGCACGGUUUCAGACCAGCAACCAUAGGUCACUGCAUUGCGUCGAGCCCAAUUGCGUUACUAGCUUGGAUUGGUGAGAAAUACGUCCACUGGACCGAUCCCCUGCACCGACUAAGCAUCCAAACCAUUCUCGAGCUCACCACACUAUACUGGUUGACGGAAACAUUUCCACGGAGUCUUUAUCCGUAUCGCCACCUGGCACCAGUGCUAGCAUCCGGUGACUCGCUUUCAAUCAGCAAGUCCACGAUAAAGCCGUUCGGGUAUGCGGCAUAUCCCUUCGAGUGUGUUCUCAUGCCAAAGGCAUGGGCACAUCAGGUGUAUCCCAAUUUAAUCCAAUACAGUAGACAGGAAAAGGGCGGGCACUUUGCAGCUCUAGAGCAGCCUGAGAUUUUCCUUGACGAUGUGCUCAGAUUUGUUGAGCUGGUAAGGUCUAGGGGCAUUUUCGUGUAA